GCCUAGCUGGCCAACCGCAAACAAAGCUACAAGGCACGUCGUCAAGCGUUCUGAAAUCAAGUGGGGAGUAUGUUCGCAAGAACUAAACCGGCUGCAGAAAAGUUCCAGGAGGGACUUUGUGGAGUAAAAGAGGAGCCCCCACAUCACCAAGACUCGACUAUGUGCAAAAUAAUGCACUCAAAAGUUGUUCUUCGCAGACUCGAAGAUCUAUAUGUCAGCCAAGCCCAUCUUGAGCACCAGGAGUCUUCAUUCGUCAAGGGGGAGGAGGAAGAGUCGCUAUGCAUCAAGGAGGAGGAAGAGUUGCCAUGCAUCAAGGAGAAAGAGUCCGUUCACAUUAAAGGUUUCAGAAAAUACCAAAAAUACCGUAGUGCUGAGCGGCAGCAGCCAGAAUCUCCUGGCGUGAAGGAGGAUGUUGAGCUCCCCCAAAUCAAAGAGGAGGAGCCAAAGCCCUGUCAACAGAAGCAGCUUCCAAUCAAAAAGGAGGAGGAGGAGGUGCCAUGCGUUAAAGAGGAGGAACAUAUCACCAGGUUAACUGGUGAGCUCUUGAAGAAUGAAGAUGGUCCGAGUGAAGCCGGCACAGGGGCGGAGCCUCCAAGCGGCAGCAGCAGCAACUCAACAGAAGGACUGCAAGCAGACAUUUUCAUCGCUCCGUCAGACAGAAAUGGCGCCACGUCACACUCACCUUACAAUGAUGAUGGCAAUAAGACAUCUAACGGUGACGACAAACUCUGCAAAUGCUCUCAGUGUGGGAAAACCUUUGCUAAUAAGUAUUCUUGUCGGAAGCAUAUGAGGAACCACACUGGUAAAAAGCCUUUUUCCUGCUCAGUUUGUGGUCAAGCAUUUGCUGAAAAAGGAACCUUAAAAAGACACAAAAGAACCCACACUGACAAAAAACCCUUUUCCUGCUCAGUUUGUGGUCAAAGAUUCAGGCGCAAGAGCAACUUAAAACGACACACAAGAACCCACACUGGCGAAAAACCUUUUUCCUGCUCAGUUUGCGGUCAAAGAUUCAGUUACAAGAGCACCUGGAAGCAACACACAAGAACCCACACUGGCGAAAAACCUUUUUCCUGCUCAGUUUGUGGUCAAAGAUUCAGAUGCAAGAGCACCUUGGUAGAACACACAAGAACCCACACUGGCGAAAAACCUUAUUCCUGCUCCGUUUGUGAUCAAAGAUUCAGUUGCAAGAGCAACUUAAAAAUCCACACAAGAACCCACACUGGCGAAAAACCUUUUUCCUGCUCAGUUUGUGGUCAAAGAUUCAGCUGCAAGUGCAACUUAAAACGACACACAAGUACCCACACUGGAGAAAAACCUUUUUCUCGCUGAGUUUGUGGUCAAGGAUUCACUCGAAAGACAGGAUUAAAGAGCAUACAACAGGAGGAAAAAAAAGUCUUAAAUAGCAUAAUUAUGUGAUUUAAAAUCAUAUUUUGAGACGAUUCGACUAUAUACAACAAUUUAGCAAAGCGCAGAUGACGAGAAAUUAGUCUUUUAAUCUGCCGGUUAGCCACGCCUACCAUUAUAGGGCUGGAGCGUACCCAACAGGUGGAUUACGUCAGCGGGUGAAUGGGCUCAUCGGUUUUACUAUUCAGCCCAUUGUGGGGGAAUGAUUCAGAACGAGGAAAACGCGACGAAGAGAGCCGCAAAAUGUCAUUGUUUCAGUCUCUCCAAUAUUUUUACAGGAUAUUCUUUUUAUCCAAGUAUUUUCCCCAAUAGCUAAAUAAAUGGCUUGAGAAGGACCAGUCAGCCCGUCGAGGGGGAACUAAUCACAACGAAGAAAACGCGAGGAAGAGAGCUGCAAAAUGUCAUUGUUUCUGUCUCUUCAAUAUUUUUACAGGAUAUUCUUUUUAUCCAAGUAUUUUCCCCAAUUGCUAAAUAAAUGGCAUGGCUAUGACAAAUAAGUCUUGUGCUGAAUGGAAUAUGAAAUGAUAAAAAUGCACUUAUCCAGGACGACAUGCCAAAAUUACUCCAUAAUGGUCAAAACUGUCGACUUCACCUUUACUGUCGCACCUCCCGAACGAUAUUUUAUGACACCUAAAUCGGACAUAUGUCAUUUCCUUUACCCGGCUUCGGAGAAUGUAAACAAACCAAGAGGCGUGACAGCUAGCCGACAUGCUAACCCGAACCGAGUGAUGUUUCAAAGUCUUCCAAGCGGAAAAUCACACAUAACUAGCCCGGAUUAUUUGACAUGACGACUGGGUUGUCGAUUGUCUUCGCGGAUCAGCAAACCGCCCGUCGGAGAGCUAUUUACAGUCCGUUCCCCGGAGGGGGGCGGCUGCAGUUGUUGUGCAGCUAACGUGCAGCUAAUGUGCACGAGGAGAGCUUUUUAUAUGCUUAUCAAUGAUCAAACGUAAGUAGCCCUUUAUUUAAAGAAAGUUUGUGGUGUUUCCUUUGUAAUCGCUGUAUUCGUAUUUGACAUAAUACAGUGCCUUGCAAAAGUA